UUUAACAAAACAAAAUAAUAUUGAUUGUAUAAUACUAUGUAUCUCACUUGACAGUCACAUGUUCAAAUUAAUAAAUUGGUUAAAUACAGUGUAUCAAACUAAUGCAUGCAUAAAGUGGAAUCGUGAUAUUAAAAUUUGAACAUUGACCACUUACUGUACCAAAAAAUACAAUGUAUGUAACUAAUGCAUGCAUAACUAACCAUAACACCACUUAUUGCACUUUAAAAUGUGGACAUUGAUAUUGUAUAUAAAAACUGCUACAGAUGUACAAAAACCGAUUUACAAAUCACCACAUCCGACUAACAAGAUAACCAGCUAAUGCAGGGAGAAUAUUGCAAUCUGAUUUCGUUUGGGAGUGGAAGAAAAGGUUGCCCUGCAAGCUCACUGGCUUAGCAGGUUGUGAAGGGUGUCGUUGUUUCUAAGGCUCUCAUUGUCUCAUUGAAUAUAAAAAACUUCUACGGCAGUACAAAACCAGAUUUACAAAUAACCAUAUACGAUUAACAACAUAACCACUUCCUGCAGCUCGUUACUCAACUCAUGCAUGCAUAAAGGGUCUUAAAAACCAACCUCAGUCAACGGCAUAGCGACAAAAACAAACUCAAAAGUCUAAGAAACCACCUCCCCAAUUUUAAACCAAAUGGACCCCGUAUCACGCCUACACCCUAGGGUCAAAAUGAAACUCAAAAGACUCAACCUUUUUACUACUCUGCUUCCUGUCGCACCACACAUAAAGCUCCUACAUAAAACACGUUACCAGCAAAGCAACCCCAACCCCACCUCCAACAUAGAACACAUCACCAACAAACCAACCCCACCUCACAUCAACCCAAAAAUCAGAGAUUGGUCCCCCACAACCCCACAUCAAUAAAUCGAUGUACCAAAAAAUUACAUUGCCACAAAAACUACACAGCCUAACACAGAAAAUAAAAAAUCAAAAACCUCUACGGUAAAAUCCGAAGACGAAACGCGCGACAGAAAUGGAGUUUCUUGAUGGAAACGCGCGACACAAAUCCGAAGACCAAACCUGGACCGUAAAAUCAAACCAAAAAGGUGUCUGAAAGAUGAAACUGAGAAGCAUAUGACAGUGGUGGAAAUCGAGUUUCUUAAGAAAACUCAAAUGGGGAUUUCGAAUCUGAAAACACAAAUCCUAGGUGUUUUUCCACUUUUACCCUUCAUCACUUUGCAGUUUUUUUUUAAAAAAGCUGACGUGAACCGUGUCAAAUGAAUGUAAGUGACACGUAAGCGUGUCACCGUAUUACUACUCAUUUAUCAAGCCACACCAAUAAAACCGAAAAGGAUCCGUCUAACAUUCCACUGUGGACAUUCCAAAUGUGAUAUAGCAACUUUUAGCCACGAAGACAACAUAAGUCCUGUGCUCCUCUCACCUUCUCAUAAUGUCAACUCAUUCAAUGCCACGCAUAACCUCCUUGCAUGUAUUAUUAUUUUAAUUUUAUAAAAUUAUAAGUUGAAUAAAUUAACAAUUGGACAACGGUUUCACAUGCUCUAUUCCUUCUCUUAUAAUCUAAGAGUGAUAUUUUAUAUUGUAUACUUAUUUACUUUUACAAUUAAUUACAGUAACAUUUUAAUUAUAUUAUUUUUAGGUGACUAAAGAAGUGCUAUUUAUAAGGAAAAUAUUUUUCUUACUGACAAUUUUUAAGCUUAUAUAAGUCUAUAACCAUUGUGUGUGUAUCACAGAAAGUUGUCUAAUAGAAAAGAAAUAGAACCUAAUAGAUGGCCAAAGCUAUGGAUACUAAACACCAACACCAAUUGAAUGUCACUUUUCUUCCAUAUCCAACUCCUGGCCAUAUGAACCCCAUGAUCGACACAGCAAGGUUAUUUGCGAGGCAUGGUGUCAAUGUCACCAUUAUAUUAACCCCCGCAAAUGCUUUAACUUUCCAAAAUGCCAUCGACAGUGACUUCAGCCAUGGAUACCAUAUCAGAACCCAACUGGUUCCGUUCCCUGCAGCUCAAGUUGGUCUUCCUGAAGGGGUUGAAAACAUCAAAGAUGGCACUUCCCUAGAACUAUUGAGUCGAAUCAGUCGUGGAAUAUCAAUGCUCAAGGGUCAUAUUGAGCUUCUGUUUCAAGAUCUGCAUCCAGAUUGCAUAGUGAGUGAUAUGUCUUAUCCUUGGACUGUGGAAUCCGCAGCAGAACUGGGUAUUCCAAGAAUCUUCUUUUACAGCUCAAGCUACCUAUCCGACUGUGCUAGUCAUUCUGUCAUUCACCACAGGCCUCAUGAGAGGUUAGUGUCCGAUACCGACAAGUUUUCAAUUCCUGGUUUUCCUCAUAGAAUAGAGAUGACCCCUCUACAGCUAGCAAACUGGAUAAGGGGGGUUCGUGAAGAAGUCUCAUACUAUUUUGAGCUAAUGUUUGCAUCAGAGAGAAGAAGCUAUGGAGCCCUCUAUAAUAGUUUUCAUGAACUUGAAAGCGAGUAUGAGCAACUACAUAAGAGUAUAGUGGGGAUCAAAUCUUGGAGUAUUGGACCAGUUUCAGCCUGGGUUAACAAAGAUGAUGGACAAAAGAUGAAAAGGGAACACAAGGAGGACCUUCCAGAAGAGCCAGAGUGGCUAACUUGGCUUAACAGUGAGCAGAAUGAUUCUGUAAUUUAUGUGAAUUUUGGAAGCCUCACUAGGCUCCAUCAUGCUCAACUUGUAGAACUGGCUUACGGGCUUGAAAAUUCUGGUCAUAGUUUCAUCUGGGUCGUGAGGAAAAAGGAUGCAAAUGAGAACGAAUACAGUUUCCUGCAAGAGUUUGAGGAUAAGAUGAAAGAAAGCAAGAAGGGUUUUAUCAUAUGGAACUGGGCACCACAGCUGCUGAUAUUGAAUCAUCCUGCCAUAGGAGGCAUUGUGUCUCACUGUGGUUGGAACUCUCUUCUUGAAAGCUUGAGUGCUGGAUUGCCAGUCAUCACAUGGCCUAUGUUUGCAGAACAAUUUUACAAUGAGAGGUUGAUAGUUGAUGUGUUGAAGGUUGGAGUUUCAGUGGGAGCUAAGGAAAACAAGUUUUGGGCAUUAGGUGACAAGGAUAAUGUGGUGGAAGGGGAAGAGAUUAUCAAGGCUGUCUUACAGUUGAUGGAGACAGAAGAGGGCAGAGAAAUGAGAAGGAGAGCAAGAAAAUUCAGUGAUGCUUCCAAGAAGACUAUAGAGAAGGGUGGACACUCUUACAACAACUUGAUUCAGUUGAUAGAUGAGCUUAAAUCAUUGAAGAUAUCUAAAGCACUUGCAGAAGUAAGUUAGAUAACUGAAAUGGAGCAGCAAUGAAAUGGCUCUAGGAGAUGUAUAUGAUUUUCUGAAGCCUUUUAACAAGAUGAAUAAACCGCUUACAAGGCUUUGUGAAACUUUCUAUAUUAGAUGAACAUGGAUUCGGCUAGGUUUCUUGUCGCUGUUUCGUUGUGCCGCUAAUAAUUUAAGUGUUUUUUUUUUCCAUUAAUUGCCGUUUGCAUAUUUUAAUGAUUUUAGUUCAGGAAAUUGUGACGAAGUGAGAGGUAAGAUAAACAACACUAUUGUGGCUAACUGAUAUCCCAAAUGCCCCACGUGUUGUACGGAAGUUCUUAGAAUGACAAAACAAAGUUAUGUUGGCUUUUUCCCUUGAAAUUUUUCUAACUUUGCAGAAUAAUAUAUUCAGUGGGGUGACAUGUUUGCUUACUCUUGUUUACUAGUAAAUUUACUACAUAAAUUUUGCAAAAGUAAAAUUUGGAUUGUUUUUUAUAUUUUCAACCUAAUCCAAGUUUGUAUAUUUCAAUUUAACUAUUCAAAAUUUAUUUUAACAAAAUUUUGUUAUUUGUUAUGGGUGCAAACUUAUUUUAGGAAAUCAAUGUGGGUUGAGCAGAUUGCAGACCAUUCUUUAAUUUUGAUGGAAAUAUGUGUUCUUUUAAGGAUGUUCUUAGAGUAUGUUAGAGAAUGAAGGGUCUAUGAGAGAAGAAAGGGAAAACAGAGGACUUAACUGUUAGUCAGUUAAGUGGGUUUGGGAAAACUGCUAGUCAGUUAAGUGGGUUUGGGAAAGAGGCCUAUAUAAGGAUCUCUUUGUUGUAUCAGUUAGUUAGUUAGACAUUUGUUGAUUUGUUGACCGGUCAUAUUAAGCUCCUGGACUAUUAUGUAUUCUUGUUUCUUUCUUGUGAAUACACACUCAUUAUUCAUCCCAUAUUGUGUGGUGUUUGUUUCUGUGAGCGUAAGAGUGUGAGUGAGUUAGAUUUCUUACCUGAAUCUCUAACAAAGUGGUCCGACCUGCCGGAUCUGUGCGGAGGAGAGAGGGAGCUAUGGAGGGAAGGAUGAACGUUGUUGAGGGGCGAUUGGAGCACAUCGAGAUGGCUGUGGAUGGGAUGAAAGCGGAAUCAGCGGCGAAUCAGCAAGAAUCUAUUGCCAUGCGCAAAGACAUCCAAGAACUAAUGCGGAUGAUGGGGGCUCGCGCCAAAACAGCUGAUGACAAUUCUGACGGGAGCCAGGGGUCUGUCAACGAUCACGGGGGUGGUCGUUCCGAUGAUGGUGGAGGAGGAGGAGGAGGCAGGGAGCGUCCCGAAAUGCUACCCAAUUGGAGAAGAAGGGUGGAAUUGCCCACCUUUGAAGGACCCGACCCUUUGAACUGGAUUAGUAGGGCGGAGAAAUUUUUCGCGAUCCAAAGAGUGGCAGAAGAGGAGAAAGUCGAGCUGGCGCACAUUAGUAUGGAGGGGAGCGUCGGGUAUUGGUUUAAAUUCUGCCAAGAUAAGGCGAAGGAUCAAUCAUGGGAGAGGCUGAAGGAAGCGUUGUUGAUACGAUUCGAGAGCCAGCACCGUGGGGGGAUUUUUGAGAGGAUGGUGGUGAUCCGACAAACGGCCACCGUGGAAGAAUACGUCAGGGAAUUCGAGGCGUUAGCGAGACAAACGAAGGAAUUCUUUGAUCACCAGCUGUUGGGAUAUUUUUCGGCGGGAUUACGAGAGGAGUUGAGAUGUCAGAUGAGACCACACGACCCACGAGAUCUGAUGACCGCGAUGAAGAUCGCGCAUGAUGUCGAAGAGGCUCUUCGGGGCCUAGGAUUGAUGGGAUGGGCCGGAACCAAGAACCCAUCUCCAUGGGGCGACCUUCCGGUGGAGGAGCGGUGGUGGCUAGGACCGAGCCAUAGAGAAGCACUUCGGGAAGAACUAGUCCGGCCGAAAGCAGUGGGUCGGUGAGACAAUACAGAGCGACAGGGAAUGUGAUGGCGAGAAGCGGAAAUGUCGACGGAGGGGAGAACAGGGGAAGAAACACUGGAUAGCCAAAGAAGUCUAAAGUUUCUGUUGGAACAGAGGGUGACGACCCAAGUGCAGCAACACUGGAUAGCCAAACUGCUCGGCUACGAUUUUGACAUAGUGUAUAAAACGGGAGCCAGCAAUCGGGUGGCUAAUGCGCUGUCACGAAAAGGCAGCGAGGAGUUAGAUGGCGAGGCUGAGAUCGAAGGGGACGAUGAGGGUGUUGAAUUGAUGGGGAUAAUGAGGCCAUAUUGGAAAGAUUUCCAAGACGUGAUGCGAGAAGUGAAGGAAGAUGAUGACUUGAAUAAAAUCCGAGAAGGCGUCACACAGGAUCCCAACAAGUAUCCGGCUUACACCAUUGAAAACGGACGGUUGCACUACAAGGGGAGGCUGGUUAUUCCGGCAAAGUCUGAGUGGGUACAGAAAUUGUUGGCCGAAUUUCAUACAACACCGACGGGGGGUCACUCCGGGGUUUAUAGAACUUACAGGAGAUUGGCACAGUCGCUAUUCUGGGCCGGGAUGAAGAAAUCAGUGACCGAGUAUGUCAACCGCUGUUUGGUGUGCCUUGUGAGAGAGGUAGUAAAGCUUCAUGGGAUUCCCAAGACCAUAGUGAGUGAUCGUGACCCAUUAUUUCUCAGCGCAUUUUGGAGAGAAAUGUUUAAGAUGCAAGGGACCCAUCUCCGGAUGAGCACAGCCUAUCAUCCGGAGACGGACGGCCAAACAGAGGUGCUGAACCGAGUGCUGGAGGGAUACUUACGAUGCUUCUGUUCUAAGCAGCCCAAGACCUAGAACUCGAUCCUUCCAUGGGCGGAGUACUGGUACAACACCAGCUACCAAGGAGCUUCCAAAUGCACGUCGUUUGAAGCGGUAUAUGGGAGAGACCCGCCUUCGUUAUCAAGGUUUAUUCCGGGAGAAACAAUGGUGGAAGCCGUGGCCCAAGAGUUACAAACAAGAGAUGAAGCGUUGCAGCAGUUGCGAUAUCACUUGUCGAGGGCACAAGAUGCGAUGGUGAAGCAAGCAAAUCGAAAGAGGAGGCCGGUAACCAUUAAGGUAGAUGAUUGGGUGUUUUUAAAGAUAAGACCCCACCGACAAACCUCUAUGUCGGUGAAGUUGCAUCCGAAGUUAACGUCUAGAUACUAUGGGUCGUUCAAGGUGAUAAAAAAGAUAGGGGAAGUGGCGUUCAGAUUAGAAUUGCCCGGGAACGCCAGGAUUCACCCUGUUUUCCACGUGUCUCAGCUGAAAUUGGCGAUUGGGACAAAGUAGGUGGAAGCUGAGCUGCCAGCAGAUUUACAAGUCGGUGGACCUACUACUGGCCAGCCAAGGUGCUAAAUAGAAGAGUCCAGCAGCAAGAGGGGGAACAACGUGAACAAGUGUUGAUAGAGUGGCAAGAUGGAGGGGCAGACAGCGCAACGUGGGAGGAUCGGAGGUUGAUGCAGGAACAAUUCCCCGAGUUCGACCUUGGGGACAAGGUCAGUUUUCAGGGGGGGAGUGAUGUUAGAGAAUGGAGGGUCUAUGAGAGAAGAAAGGGAAAACAGAGGACUUAACUGCUAGUCAGUUAAGUGGGUUUGGGAAAACUGCUAGUCAGUUAAGUGGGUUUGGGAAAGAGGCCUAUAUAAGGACCUCUUUGUUGUAUCAGUUAGUUAGUUAGUUAGACAUUUGUUGAUUUGUUGACGAUAAUAGCACCUGGUGAAGGAGGUUAAGCUCCUGGACUAUUAUGUGUUCU